UAGUUCCCUUGAAUCUUCCAGGAAUGUGAUCUCAAUCUCAAAGACACAGCUGCCCGCCUAACAUCAGAAGAUGGAGGCUAAACACGUUAUCGUCAUUCAGAGGAACCACAAGUUCCUGAAGGAGCUCCUUAUCGUGGAGCCUGUGCUGGACGCCUUGUUGCAGGACGGCGUCUUCACACAGGAAGACUAUGACAACUGUAGACAGGCCGGGCCAGGGAAGUGUGAGAUGCUGUUAGAAAUAUUGAAGAAGAAAGGCGUGGAGGGAUACAGGACACUGUGUGGGGUCCUUGAUUCCACGCAACCGUUCAUUAAAGAAAGACUUGAUGCAACAUCCUUGGAAGGAGGUAGUUCAGAUCUGGUCUAUGUGAACAAGUUCAAGCUGGAGGCUCGGUACUCAAAGGAACGUGCUGAAAUGAAGGAACAGAUGUCUGAACUGCAUUCUGUAAUGGAAAAACAAAAGGAACAACUCAAACAAAAGGACUUGGAGCACGCUGAACGGGAGGAAGUACUUAAACAGGAAAGAGAUGAACACGAAUCACAGACGGAAAAGCUGAGGGAAGAAGUUAAAGCUCUGAAGGUGGAACUGUCCAAAUCAAACGAUGACUUGCAGCACAGUCAAGCAGAAUGUAACACAUUGAAGAAGAGACUGCAAGAAGAAGAGGAAGCAUAUGAAGCUUUGUCAGGGAGUCCUCGGGAACAGACUCAGGUCAACGAAGACAUUACAGUGCAAACCCCAAAAACAGGUCCUAGUGACAGAACAUGCCAGUUUUCAAUUCAGUCUUGCUGCGAGGACACUCACCUUUGUCUUCUUCCAUGUCUUCACUCUGCCUGCAAGCCAUGCAUUGACCACCAUGCUGUCCAAACAAGCCAGAAGUGCCUCAGAUGUCCCUGUGGUCGUGAGUUCAACGUGGAACAGCUUCAAGUAGACCCUGUUGGUCGCAAUGAAGCUGCCUAUGCUGCCAUCGUUGAGGGGGAGAAGAAAUGUAACUACAUGGAAGACCAUGACGCAAAGGCUGAAGUAUACUGCCAUGAAUGUGAUUGUCUGCUCUGUACCGACUGUCAAAAACAUCAUGACCUACCGAAACGAAAUCGAGGUCACAGCAUGGAUGAGGUCAGUCAAGGAGAUGCUAUCCCCAUGAAGCAGUGGCUGAAAGAACCUAACUGCAAGGAUCACCCCAGCAAUGAACUACAACUGUAUGACCACACAUGUAAGAAGGCCAUCUGUAUUGUGUGUCUCCAUGGGGACCAUGGACAUCACAAGAAUCAAGAUUUAAAUCGUUCCCACGAGAACGCAAAGCUUCAGCUGGAGGAACAGCUGCAGAAGCAACGACUGAAACUAAAAGAUGUCAAAGACACAAUUGGAACUGUGAACAGUCACCAAGAGGAACUGGACAAUAAACAGAGAAAACUGGAAGAAGAGGUUACUGCCGUUUCCAAACGUGUUGCUGUGAAGUUCCUUCACCGACAGAGGAAACUCAGGGAGGAGAUCCAGAUGGCUCUGGACAAUACAAAUAAGGUCGUUCAGGAGAAGCUGGAUAGUUUACACGAUCUUCAGUCUUCCAUCAUAUCAACGAUAGACUACACCCAGAGAACGCUUGAAUCCACAAGACGAGAUGAGCUCAUUACUAUCACUGGUGCAAUACAGGAGAAGUGUGACGAAAAUCUCAAGAGGGAUCUUCCAGAAGAUGACACAAGAGAUACGAAUAUCCUCCUUUCCUUUCAGGGGCAGACAGCUCUAGAGGAACUCAUCGACACAUUUGGUGGUCUUGCCUCCAGUCUUGAGUUGGAUCAUAUUCCAGAUUCACAGCCUACUUUACAAGGGCUGCUUCAACAGAUAAACCUGCUGACAGAAGAAAACGUGCUGCAUGAAGGACGAUGGCGUCAGCUUCUCCACAUUAUACAUCACAUCGCGGGAAACAAGAUGUCCGACGCUGGUGAAGCUGAAUCAGAGAGGCUCCCACCUUCACAGAUGACAUCACAAGACGUUUAUGAAGCUGUCACCAAGCUCACAACUGGAGCAUGCAUCUUCGCAGACACAAUUCCACGUGUGAUCUUCUUGAAAGGGGAUUCUACCCCAGUGCACGCCAUCAGCGAGGACAACGAUGUGCAAUACAGCACCUGUCCUAAACUACAACUGUCCGCUGAUCGAGCCAACACAGACAGGUGCCACGUAACUACAGGCGGUGAGCUGGUGAACUCGCCGCCCGCCACACAACACAGACACAGCGGCAGGUUACGGAAAUAUCGGGGUACAUGUGCCUCCACCCCCAUCCCCCUUCCUCCAUCCCCCUCUACUGUCACCCCUGUCCCACACACACCACGAUACUGGGAGACCCACUCUAGGGUGGGUGUGGUGGGUGGAGGUGGUGGGGGUCUUGUCCUGGAGAUGGGUGUGGGAGAGGAGAGCCAGGUAGACAGUGAGUGGUGUAUGUUUGUCUACAGCGCCGCUCCUGGUGUGUCAGUGUAUGGAGCUGUGACACACACCAGGGGAGUCUCUGUACCAGGUGUGGCAGCAGGGGAAGGUGGGGAAGUGUUACAGUAACACAAUGUCUGACACACCCGGCACACAGGCCACCCUCCACUAUGGCGUUGUGCUGGAUGUGGGGAGGGGGAGACUCGCCUUCAUAGACCUCGACAGAGAGGUUGUUUUAGCCAAGGUGGAUGGUGAGUGGAGCGAGUCUCUUCUUCCCAUGUUUGGUGUUGGGUGGUCAGAUCUCUACACAGUCAACAUGAAGGUGAUAAGUGGGGCAGAUAUCACCAUGACUGACACCAAGAAGUCACUUAUUUAUGACGCCUUGAAUUAGACAAUAAAAUAAACAUGACAUUGUGUAAA